CAAGUCCCUCCUCCGCCUCGGCAGUGCGGGCCGCCUCCCUCCCUCCCCCGGUCGUAGCCUCCUCCGGCGGCAGCGGCGGUGCCCGCCGGCCCCAUGGCGGCGGAGCCCCAGCCCAAGGCGCUGACUCGCAAGCCCCUCCUGCUCAACAAAGUGGAGGGCUCGCAGGAGGUGGUGAACAUGGCAGCGAUAGUGCCCAAGGAGGACGGGGUCAUCAGCGUCUCCGAAGACAGAACAGUUCGUGUCUGGCUUAAGAGAGACAGUGGGCAGUACUGGCCCAGUAUAUACCAUGCAAUGCCAUCUCCAUGUUCAUGCAUGUCUUUUAACCCGGAAACCAGAAGGCUGUCCAUAGGUCUAGACAAUGGUACAAUCUCAGAAUUCAUUUUAUCAGAAGAUUACAACAAGAUGACACUAGUGAAAAGUUACCAGGCUCAUCAAAGCAGGGUCAUCAUGAUUCUGUUUGUCCUGGAGAUGGAGUGGGUGUUGAGCACCGGACAAGACAAACACUUCACGUGGCACUGCUCGGAGAGCGGCCAGCGGCUGGGGGGGUACCGCACCAGCGCAGGCGCCUGCGGCCUGCAAUUUGAUGUGGAAACCCGGCAUGUGUUUGUUGGUGACCAUUCUGGACAAGUGACCAUCCUCAAACUGGAGCAAGAAUCUUGCAGCCUUGUCACCACAUUUAAGGGACACACAGGUGGUGUCACUGCUCUCUGCUGGGACCCAAUACAGCGAGUUUUAUUCUCAGGCAGUUCUGAUCAUUCCAUUAUAAUGUGGGAUAUUGGAGGAAGAAAAGGAACAGCCAUCGAGCUGCAAGGACAUAAUGAUAAAGUUCAGUCUCUCUCCUAUGCUCACCACACUCGGCAGCUCAUCUCCUGUGGUGCAGACGGGGGAAUCGUCGUCUGGAACAUGGAUGUUGAGAGGCAAGAGACCCCGGAGUGGCUGGAUAGUGACUCCUGUCAAAAAUGUGACCAGCCUUUCUUCUGGAACUUCAAGCAAAUGUGGGACAGUAAGAAAAUAGGCCUCAGGCAGCAUCACUGCAGGAAGUGCGGGAAAGCCGUGUGCGGGAAAUGCAGCUCCAAGCGCUCCUCCAUCCCGCUGAUGGGGUUCGAGUUCGAAGUGAGGGUCUGCGACAGCUGCCACGAGUCCAUAACAGAUGAGGAGCGGGCACCUACAGCUACUUUCCAUGACAGUAAGCACAACAUUGUUCAUGUACACUUCGAUGCCACCAGGGGAUGGCUGCUGACCUCGGGGACAGACAAGGUUAUUAAGUUGUGGGAUAUGACACCAGUAGUGUCUUGAUGUUACAUCAGUGGAACUUGAAAGGUGAUAUUUACAGAAGAAACUGAUUUCCUAACCCUAAUUAUACUGCAGAAGAUAGAUAACACUGGGCACAUAUGGCAGAUGAGAAAGGAAAUAAUGUGUUUACAACAACUUUAUGUCCUCUGCUUGAUCCAGGCUGAACAUUUGCACGAAGACUCUUUCCACUUCUUCUCAAAAUAUACAAGAAGGUAUUUUUUUAACUAACAGUUUGUACGAGCUGACUUCGGUUGUCUUGAGUUUGUUUGGAAAAAUCUGUGUGCAGUGCAAUUUUUAGUUUUUAUAUUUCAGUAUGUCAGGAUACUUGCUGCUUUGUACAGAGGGUUCUUGGCUUGUGUCUUCCUCUGUGAGUUUUUGGUGUCAACAGACUGUGUAAGGCAAUUGGCUCUCCCUGCAGCCAGUACCUGUUGGUUUGGGAUACUUCUGCUGACCAUGCUCUUUCCAGAGGAGGAAAUCCAGGCAUGGUCUCUGAGUGCAUCACCGAGGAGCUGAUGGACUAUUGCAAUUCCUAAAAGGGCUGUACCAUCUACUUGUCCUAGUGGGCAUCAUCCAGAGAGCAUUCAUUGGUCUGCAUAAUCUGCCUGCCUCUUCCUUUGCUGCACAAGUCACAGAACCAGGGGUCAGGUUACUGAGCAACAGAUUUCUACAGAAAACUGAAAUAGUUUUCCAGCUCAGAGCAUUCUAAGGAGCACACAGACUUGGUUGAGUUUGAUGACGCUGACAGUCUGAUUCAAAUAAAAUUAUUGACAACAGAAACUUUUGGGAGUGUGUGCAUGGAGGGGGGCAGAUCUAAAACUGGUCUAGAUCUGAAAAGUCUGGUUUAUCUCUACCUCUACCUCUACCUUGCACAGCAACAUUUCAGCAUUUAUACCUGUCUGUGUUGUUGAAGAUGAAUUUUGUUCUUCCUGUUUUCCAUAUGGUUAGUCAUAUUUAUUUUUUUAAAUGCUGAUGUUUUUAUUAAUUUUCUCUAUGGAUCCAGAAGUGAUAUUGCUGAAUGAUGCUCAUUGUCCUGUUGUCAUACUUUACAGUUUCUCUUAAAAAUAAACAGUAUUCAAAAACCUGGAUUGACCAAAAUUACCUUUUUAGAAUGACAUUGUCAAGGUGAAUAAACUAAAAAAGCCCUUUUUUCCAAAGUGACCUUCUCUGAAGAGCCAACUCUCCAUUCCAUUAAUCCAUGUUACUUUUUAGCAUGGUAUUACUCACGCACUUCAAAGAAAGUGGUGUAGAGAAGUUGCUCUGCAAAGGCUUUCCUGCAUCUCCUGUUUCAGCAGGCCUUGUGGUUGUAGCUACUGUGACACAGCAGAUUGGUGGUGCUCAGUCUUGCCCUGUUUUGGACUUCCCUUCUUCCCUCUGUAGUGGGGAGACCAUGACAUUUGCCACUACAGAGCACAUUGCUACCUGGAGAAGCUUUGUGUUCUCUCUUGAGAGAGAAUGCUGAAAGAAAAUAAAGCUUCUCCUUUGUUUGCCCAGCAGCAAUUCACUUUUGAGGGGAAAAAAAAUGGUUACCUCCAUCCAUAGCAUUAAUUCUAGUCCAGUGAGCUGCUAUAGUAAAGGGUGAGUAGAUUUCUGUGUGCACAUCACAGGACUGCUGUGUAUUUUCAGGGAAAAUUCUCUUUUUGAACAUUUUGUAACGUAUGAUGAAGUAUUUUGCAGUCAUGUUCUCUGAAAUAACACCACCUUGGGUUUCCUGGUUGUACAGCCUGUUGUUAGUUCCCCUCUAGACAGCCUAUUUUAAAGCAUAUUUUCAAAUAUAAUUCACACAGUACUAUUAUUUUUCCAACUUGAAAGUUGUUUUCUCAGUCUUCCACUUUCUCUCCUGGAAAGUACAUGCUUGUUUCCUCUUGGAAUGCUUUUCAUUACACCUUGUGCAUGUUUUCUGAUGACUGAAACGUUCCUGGCUGUCAAAGCUAUGCAAGAUGAGCAAGUGGCCUGCCAUAUUUCUUUCCACCUGGAGAAUAUGUACAAAGCUUUGCUGGACUAUGGUGUUCCAUAUUCCCUUGGGCUCGGGGCCUUUUGGCCAGAGACCUGAUUUGUGCUGUGCAGGGAGUGCAUCUCAUGGUGACAGAGGCACGGGCGCACCGAAGUGCAUUUAAAUUGCUGUUUAGUGCUCGGUUCCUGAGGAGACAGCAGUGGCACCAAGGCUGGGACUCCAGCUUGAAUUGUGCUCACACUGAUGGAGUGAUGGAGUCGGCAAGCUGAGAAUCUGCCCCUGGGUCAGAACCUACUCCUGAACAUGUAAUGUGCAAACAAAGGUGAAGAACUGAUUCCAAAGGAGACUACAUUUGAGAAUGACUUGUUUGGACUGUUCUGCAAUAAACUUGUGGCCAUACA